AUCUGUAUUACAGAUUUGUGCAGGCACACUCAAAUGCGUGGAUCUCACCUAAAUUUAAUGGCAAAAAGUUAACCUACCCCGUGUGAGGUGUCGGUACAUGUACACCAAGCGGCCCUGCCAUCUUGAUUAGAAUGAAGCAACUGGGUCAGAUUCGGGGACGACAAAUUAUGAAAGUGAGAUUGAAAAAAAUUGGAAAGAAUGGGGGCUUAAAACCAAUCAUCAACCUCUAUAAUGGGAGCCUCCCAUUCUUCCUCUUCGUCGCCGCCGCUUCUGGUGGAUGAAGAACAACAAUCUACGGCCUCCUCCGCCACCCAUAGAGGCUCCAAGAAACUUGCUUUAAUCCCUCUAAUCUUUUUAAUCUAUUUUGAGGUUGCUGGUGGCCCUUAUGGUGAAGAGGCUGCUGUGGGUUCUGCAGGGCCUCUUUUUGCAAUUCUUGGAUUCCUUAUCCUCCCAUUCAUAUGGAGCAUUCCUGAAGCUCUUGUGACUGCUGAACUUGCCACUGCUUAUCCAGGGAAUGGAGGUUUUGUCAUAUGGGCACACAAGGCAUUUGGUCCCUUUUGGGGAUCUUUAAUGGGUUCUUGGAAAUUUCUUAGUGGUGUUAUCAAUUUAGCUUCAUAUCCUGUUCUUUGCAUAGAUUAUCUCAAACUUGUUUUUCCAAUAUUCUCUGCUGGUGUUCCUAGGAGUCUGGCAAUAUUUUUUGCUACCAUUUUCCUGUCUUUUCUCAAUUAUACAGGUGUAGCAAUAGUUGGUUACACUGCUGUGUGUUUGGGCCUCGUUUCACUUUCUCCCUUUGUUGUACUUAGUUUUGCUUCAAUUCCCAAGAUUCAUCUUAAAAGGUGGAUCAGUUUAGGUCAGCAGGGUGUCAAAAAGGAUUGGAAAUUGUUCUUCAAUACUCUUUUUUGGAACCUUAAUUUUUGGGACAAUGCCAGUACUUUAGCAGGUGAAGUAGACCAGCCCCAGAAAACAUUCCCAAGAGCACUACUUUUAGCUGGGAUUCUCACAUGUUUGAGUUACAUAGUCCCCCUUUUGGCUGCAACUGGAGCUACUAACUUGGACCAAGCAAAAUGGGUGAAUGGCUAUUUUGCAGAUAUUGCUGUUAAC